CCGUUAACACCCUUCACGGUUACCGGGUGUGUAAAGGGUAAUAUCGUCAACGACCGGAAGUGGAACGCUGUGGUUUGUUAGCUUUACUGUGGUCCAGAGAAAGAGGAAAGGAUGUGACUACAGCUUCUCUGUCGCACGCUGUUUAUCUGUGUUCCUCCUGCUCUUUACCGUCGAAAUGCAGCUGGUUGGAAAUUAGCAGGCGUGCAGCUCUUCAGUUCUCAUCCUCAGCUCUGGAGAAUGAUCCACCGGCAGCUUAUUUUCUCCCAGGUUUUGGUCUGCUUUGGGUUGACUGGUCAUUAUGCUGAUGCAGCUCUGUAGUAUCAAGAACUUGUACCAGAAUCGGUUCCUGGGCCUGGCGGCCAUGGCCUCCCCGACCCGCAGCAGCCAGACCCGCCAGCGCUGUAAGGAUCGUCACAGCUACGGUCCAGACACCUAUGCUGUCAACGGUCUGAACCAGGAGGCCUUCAUGCUGGGGCUGUCACGCUCCACCAGUGACACUGAUCUGGUUUCCCCAGACGCUCGUUCCACCCUCACCAUCAGCUCCUCUCACUACACCAUAGGCCAGUCUGAAGACCUGGUGAUCACAUGGGACAUCAAGGAGGAAGUGGAUGCUGGGGACUGGAUUGGAAUGUAUCUUGUAGAUGAGGCUUUGUCUGAGAACUUUCUGGACUAUAAGAACCGAGGAAUCAACGGAUCUCACAAGGGACAGAUAGUUUGGAAAAUCGACUGCAGCUCCCACUUCAGUGACUCUGAGACCCAGGUCUGCUUCAGGUACUACCACGGUGUCACCGGAGCACUGAGGGCAACCACACCCAGCGUAACCAUCAAGAAGGGCUCUGCACCUAUAUUAAAGCCAGUGGUUAGUCCUGAAGUCAACCAUGGACUGGGCAACAGGAGACUCAUUAACUUUUCCCUGUCAGACCUCCAGGCAGUUGGUUUGAAGAAGGGGAUGUUCUUCAAUCCCGACCCGUACCUGAAGCUCUCCAUCCAGCCUGGAAAACACAGCAUCUUCCCCUCGCUGCCGCACCAUGGCCAGGAGAAACGCUCCGGCGUGGUCUGCAACACAGUCAACCCACAAUGGAGCACAGAGAGGUUUAACUUUGUGUCUCUGCCCACUGAUGUGCUGGAGAUCGAGGUGAAGGAUAAGUUUGCCAAGAGUCGGCCAAUCAUCAAGCGCUUCCUGGGGAAGCUCUCUGUCCCUGUCCAGAGGCUGCUGGAAAAACAUGCAAUUGGGGAUCGGGUGGUGAGUUACUCUCUGGGUCGUAGGCUGCCAACAGAUCACGUCUGUGGCCAGCUGCAGUUCCGCUUUGAGCUGACAUCCUCUAUUCAUCCAGAUGAUGAGGAGGUCUCACUGGUCAUAGAAGCAGCCUGCCCUGAAGGACAAAACGCAGCAGAUGUCAACCAUGUUCCUGAUGCGGCUGAUGAUGACACGCUAAGUGUGGGACCCGACAUGCCUGACCUCCCUCUGGAUGCCCCCCCUGACCCUGAGACCUCUGCCCCACCGGCCUCCACAGCUGAAACCUCCACAACUGAGGAGGUCCAACCUGCUGAGACGGAGGAGACCGAGGUGGCACCAGAGAUGGAGCAAGGCACCAUGGAGGAGGAGAGCACAGUGAGGGAAGAGCCCCCGUGUACUGAGCCCCAGGCGGAGCAGGAGGAUGAGGGCCCAGCUGAACAGCAGGAGGAAAACGCUGGAGUGGGGGUAGAAGAGGGAGCAGGGGAGGAGAGGCAGCAGGUGGAGGAAGAGGAGGAGCACAGAGAAGAGUGUGCAUCACAUGUUGAGGAGGAGGCAACAGUAGAAGAAAAGGAAGACAGGGAGGAAACCCAGCCAAAGCCAGACUCUGACAAUCCUGCAGCAGGAACUACAAACAAUGAAGCUCCUACCGCAGAGGCUCCUGCAGAGGGAGCCAUCACAUCCCAGGAGGCCCCUGUAGAAACAGCUGAAGGGGCCCCUCAGGAAGUGACAGAUGGAGGAGAAAGACACUCCACCCCCUGCGCCUGCCAAUCCCUCUUCACAAACUACAACUCCCAUGGUCCCUCGCGGCGUAAGAACCGCCCCUGCUCCCUGCCAGUGUCAGAGCUGGAGACAGUGAUUGCGUCAGCCUGCGGCGAGCCAGAGACGCCACGCUCCCACUACAUCCGGAUCCACCACCUCCUCCACAGCCUCCCCUCGGCCCAACAACGAGCUCCGAGCCAGGAGGAGGAGCCCGGGGAGGGAGAGAAUACAAGCACAACUCAAGACACCACCUCCACAUCACCAACACUUAAAACCUCCAAAGACAGAGAGGAGGAGGGGCAGGAGGAUGAGGAUGAGGAGGAUACAACCCAGUCUCCCUCUCAGGUCCCAGAGUGUCCAGGUCCCUGCUGCCGUCGCUCUCUUCCCCGCAGCCUCUCCAUUGAACGCCUCUCUGAGCUAAACCAGCUCCUGGAAGGUGAGGGGGGAGGAGGAGGUGGAGGGCAGACAGCAGUCAGGAGGAUCUCCCCCUCCUGCCUGGAGGGCGAGGAGGGGGAUUCCAGUCACGGAGGAGGAACUAGAGUUGGCGGGAGCAGCCACAGACCCCCGGGCGAAAACGAGUGCGAGUUCUGCGACACCUCCUGCUACAGCACUUCCUGCUACAGCACUUCCUGUUACAGUACAUCAUGCUACAGCAACUCAGGCUAUGAAGGGAGGGGCCGCUUCUGCAGCCACACCCGCCUCUCCUCGGUGGACAGCAACCGGCUCUCCGGCAGCACCGUGUUCUCCUCGCAGGAUGAAGACGAAGAUGAGGAGAGCGCCUUCGAGUCGGUACCCGACGCCGGCAACAGCCCUGAGGGCCAGGAGGGGGGCGGGGCAGGAAGAGAGAGGAGGGCGGGGAGAUGGAAGGAGUCCAGGAGAGGAGAACAUGGGGAGCCAGCAGUGGCCGGGCCCAGUGAUAGGAACAGCAUCGGCUCAGGCUUCUCCCCUCCUGUUGGCCAUCUUCCAGUCCUUCGACCCAGCCAUGACCUAAACCAUUUUCCUGCAGCCACUGACCAAGCCUUACCUCCAAACUGGGAAGCUCGCAUCGACAGCCACGGCAGAGUUUUCUAUGUGGACCAUGUCAACCGGACCACGACCUGGCAGAGACCCAGUCACAGCGGCAAGUGUAACCACGGCAUCCCUCGAUCAGGAUCCACACAUCAGAUGGAGCAACUCAACAGGAGGUACCAGAGCAUCCAGAGAACCAUGGCCACAGAGGAGGAGGGCGGCAGUCAGAGGUUAGAGAGGAGCAGCAGUACAGAGACAGACACUGAUUCUCCUCCGACAGGCCCCGCCUCCCCUGUCAAUCACCAGAAGAUCAGCCAUCUCCUCCAAUCACCUGCUGUCAAGUUCAUCACACACCCAGAAUUCUUCACUGUGUUGCACAGCAACUAUGCAGCCUACCGGAUGUUCACCAGCAGCAGCUGUGUGAAACACAUGAUCCUGAAGGUGCGUCGCGAUGCCAGAAACUUUGAGCGCUACCAACAUAACCGAGACCUGGUGGUCUUCCUCAACAAGUUCGCAGACACUCAGCUGGAGCUGCCGCGGGGCUGGGAGAUCAAGACUGACCCCCAGGGCAAGUCUUUCUUCGUGGACCACAACAGUCGAGCCACGACCUUCAUCGACCCUCGCAUCCCUCUGCAGAACGGCCGGCUGCCCGGCCAUCUCGCCCACAGACAACACCUGCAGAGACUGCGUAGUUACAGCGCCGGGGAGGCCUCUGAUGUGUCCCGGAGUCGUGGAGCUUCUCUGAUGGCCAGACCUGGAAACAGCCUGGUCGCCGCCAUACGAAGCCAGCAUCAUGCUCCAUCUUACAAUGACAAGAUUGUGGCCUUCCUUCGACAGCCAAACAUAUUUGACAUGUUGCAGGAGCGACAGCCCAGCCUGAGCAGAAACCAUGCACUUAGGGAGAAGAUCCACUACAUCCGGACAGAAGGUACCCAGGGUGUGGAGAAGCUGUCAUGUGAUGCAGACCUGGUCAUCCUACUGAGUUUAUUUGAAGAGGAAAUCAUGUCUUAUGUUCCACCUCACCCCAUCCACCCCGGCUUCAGCUUCUCUCCUCGCUGUUCCCCCGCCUCCUCGCCUCAGAACUCUCCUGGCCUGCAGAGAGCCAGGGCUCCAGCUCCGUACCGCAGAGACUUUGAAGCCAAACUAAGAAACUUCUACAGGAAAUUAGAAGCAAAGGGCUACGGCCAGGGACCAGGCAAGAUCAAGUUGCUGAUCAGGAGAGAACACCUGCUGGAAGGAACCUUUAACCAGGUGAUGGCGUACUCCCGCAAAGAGCUGCAGAGGAACAAACUUUACGUCACCUUUCUGGGAGAGGAGGGAUUAGAUUACAGUGGUCCGUCCAGAGAAUUUUUCUUCCUCUUGUCUCAGGAGUUGUUUAAUCCGUACUACGGUCUGUUUGAAUACUCAGCCAACGACACUUACACCGUUCAAAUCAGCCCCAUGUCAGCAUUUGUUGAGAACCAUCUGGAAUGGUUCCGUUUCAGCGGUCGUAUCCUGGGCCUGGCUUUGAUUCAUCAAUACUUGCUGGAUGCUUUCUUCACCAGACCCUUCUACAAGGCCCUGCUCAGACUGCCGACAGACCUGUCUGAUCUGGAGUAUCUAGAUGAGGAGUUCCACCAGUCUCUUCAGUGGAUGAAAGACAAUGACAUCACAGACAUCCUGGACCUCACCUUCACUGUCAAUGAGGAGGUCUUCGGCCAGGUGACAGAGCGGGAGCUGAAGUCGGGUGGCUCCAACCUCCAGGUGACUGAGAAGAACAAGAAAGAUUAUAUCGAGCGGAUGGCCAAGUGGAGGGUGGAGAGAGGAGUGGUGCAGCAGACAGAGGCGCUGGUCAGAGGCUUCUACGAGGUGGUAGACUCCAGGCUGGUGUCGGUAUUUGAUGCCCGGGAGCUGGAGCUAGUUAUCGCUGGUACAGUAGAGAUUGACCUCGGGGACUGGAGGAGCAACACAGAGUACAGAGGAGGUUACCAUGAUGGUCACAUAGUGAUGCGGUGGUUCUGGGCCGCCGUGGAGCGUUUCAACAACGAGCAGCGUCUCCGCCUGCUGCAGUUUGUCACCGGGACGUCCAGUGUGCCCUAUGAAGGCUUCGCCGCCUUGCGGGGAUCCAACGGCCUCCGACGCUUCUGCAUCGAGAAGUGGGGCAAAGUUACCUCCCUCCCCAGGGCUCAUACCUGUUUUAAUCGUCUGGACCUGCCUCCAUACCCCUCAUACACCAUGCUGUAUGAGAAACUGCUGACGGCUGUGGAGGAAACCAGCACGUUUGGCCUGGAGUGAGCCAGACAAGCAAUCAACACUGCAUCUCUUUCUGUGUGACACUGGCUGGGCCAAUAGAGGGAAAAAAAACUCUUGGGCUUUAAUGUAUGGUAAAGAUUCCUGGAUUGUGCAGACUUACUGAACAAAGCUUUUGGUCAUGUGGAUAUGUACGUCACUGUUAUGGUGUGGUUAUGUGUUAGUCUCUCACUUAGCUAUGACAGCACCCAGCACUUAGGACACCACAGCAGGACUACUGUUAUUUUUAUAUUAAUCAUGAAGACCGGAGAAUAUGACCCAUAGAAUGGGUACUUAAAAGCAAGAUCAUUUAAAGUUGCAUGUACCAAAAUGCAUCAUCCAUUCAAUGAUUAAAAAAUACCUACAGUGAUAGAAAAUACUAAAAAAAAAAAAAAAAAAAAACUACAACAAUUAAAGAGCAAUGUACAGAAAGUAAGACAAAUAAUAGCGACACAAGAGCAUAUAAACACAUUGAAAACAAGAACUUUGUAUAGGAUCUAUAAUCUAUGACAGCAAAAUACUUGACAACGUAUUGAAUUAAAUUAAAGAUUUUUUCUCAUACCCGUGUUGAAAAUUUGAAUUCACAGAAAAGAUUCAAGUAAUAAAUGAUAGAAAACUUACAGUAUGCAGUAUGCACAUAUACUGUAAAAACAAAUAGAAUAAAAUCAAAAAGAAAAAGAAAAGAGAAGCAUUAACAGAAAUAGUAGAUAUGCGUACAUACACAAUCACUACUGCACAAAUAAUGCAAACUGUAAUAAAUACACAAUUUAAAUGAGAUUAAACAGAUAUACAGCAUAUAUGUAUAUAAUUUGAAGGAUGACAUAAAUUUGUCAAUAUUUUCAGUGAAUUCAAACUGAAUGCAAAUGUGUGAAUAUAAUUAUUAUAAAUAAUAAUCUAAUUGCAAUUUGUCAGGUAGUUUGCUGCUCUUAUACAUUCAGAUAAAUCUAUGUGUGGCUUUAAAGAAGUGGUUCAAAGUAUGAUGAAGAUUUUGAAAAGACUCAUGCAAAGUCUAGUAGCCCUGAUGCCAAAGGAACAAUCAUGUCUGUUUUUAAUCUGGAGAGCCUACAGAGAUCAUAAUGUACUUUUUCUGGACUGUGGUGGGCCAAUAGGAACCUGCCUGAGGAUCUGAGACUGUGAUCUGGUUCAUAGGAUACAUUAAAAGAGGACACUGGGGGACAUUAUAAAUAAGAAGUGUGAUGUAGCUUGGUGCCAGACACCAGCCAUCCCAAGACCUUAGGGCUGAUCAGUAUAACCUUACAAUCAAAUCUAAAACUACAACCAAUGUUAAGAUAAAGGCAUAAGUCCAUAUUAUACUUUUGCUCCAGUGAGAGCUGUAGCCUCUGCAUAUUAGACAGAGGAGAGGAAAUUUUGCCGAUAGACAAGAGUAGACAGAGGUGCAGAAGUCUGAACGAGAUAAAAGGAUUGAUUCUUUUCCUAGACCAUUUAGCUUUGGGAACCAUGGCUUUUGAGGAACCCAUCACCUUGUGUGGUGAUUUUAAAAAAAAAAAAAAAAAAAAAAAAAAAAGCUAGACUGUCAGUACCACUAUGCUUUAUUAACAGAAACACCUGGGUGUGAGGACAAAACGUAAGUCUGCAGAUAAUUCAGUGAGUCCAGGAAGGAGCUUGUAAAUUGCUGGGAGGAUCAUUCUAAAUCUGAUCCCUAGCUGGACUGCUGAAGGGAUAAGUUGGUCUCAGUAAUGUACAAAACAUUUAUUUAAGCCUUUUUUACACAUUCUCUGGUUUUGCUCUCCGUUAACUAUAGCAAUGAAUUUUCUUUUUAAAGCAAUCUCAAUAUGUUUUUUAGGUCCCGGAAGUCUUUUAGGAAGGGUCUAGUACACUGAGGGUAGGGAAGGACUGAAAGGGUAUUCUAUAAACACUUCAUCAACAAUGCUCCUUUGGUCUAAAUCAGAUACAGUACAUCAACAGCAAAUCGAGGUUAAGGGUACAGUAUAUCCCUUUAAAUGGGCCGGUUGUCUAAUGGACAGUUACAGACUUAACAACUACUACAAUAUUUCUCCAAUUCUGAUACUCAAGAAGUAUUGGUAUUGGUUCCAAGAAGGCCUAGAUCCGGACCCGAACUUUUUGUAAGUCCAAAGUGAGGACAGCAUCUGGACACGGACCUUUCUGUUUCUCCUCUGAAUGGACAGCCAUGUUACUGACAAACCACUCCAACAAUCUCUCCAAGCUUUCUUGCUCUGCAGUACUUUCAAAGACAAUGAUGUCACAUCUCCUGUAACAAAGUAGCCAUCAACUCCAACACAAGGGCUUCUAGGAGACUGUGGGAGAUCCUGUUGACCCAGCAAACAGGUAGUUCACGAUUCCUUGAAGACGAAGAAUGCGCAUGUGGACACUGUGUUUUCAGCCGGCUAAAGGGGACUUUCUAUAAAUCCUGUUUGCCAGAGUAGUGCUUAACCUUUUAGCAUCUCUGGUCCUGCUGUUUGAAUGGAAGCUGCCUGUACUCUUAUUCAUGUCUUCCACUAAUGAACUUCUUGUCUCUGACUAUACCAUCACCAUGGUGUUGUUCUUUGCAUGGAGCAGGUACUCCAACAUCCGAACCUUUACUGUCUCUCCUGAGAAAUGCCUAGGUUCAAACAACAUGACUGGUACAAAGCGGCAUGUAGGUCUCCAAGGGCCUGCGGUCAUUGGUUUGGCCUCCUGAACUGAUCCGGCUCUUUUGGUAUAAACUUGAUGUGUAGAGGGGACAAACCAGUGUAAUAUAUGCAAUAGUUAAGACAUUUACUUCAGUCUGUUCCACAAUCUACCAUGUUCUUUCAGACAAAGACUGACUGCAAUGCACCCUCAAACCCUUGUCUACACAUCUCUAGUCCAGUAGUGAAACUGUGCCUCAGUUACUUACUGCCUCAUACAGUACGUGGCCUGUGGGGUUGUGGUUGUGCUUAGUAGUUAGCACUUGAGCCCCACAUAAGGAAGGUCCUUAGUUCAGAUAUUUGCCUUGGUUCUUUCUGAAUACAGUUUGCAUGUUCUCCCCAUGUUCAUGUGGGUUUCCUUUCACACUCCAAACUAAAGUUAGGUUCAUUGGAGUCUCUAAUACCCCAUUUACACUUAGCCACUUCAUGUGUCUUAGGCAGAUAGCAAUCUGACAUAAAAUAGCUGUGUUUAAAUGCAACUAGGAAGCGUUAUAGCUCAAUUGCAAUCCGAUUGCUCAAACCGUAACACCUCAGGAAGGAGUUUGAAAUGCAUGCUAGCCAGAUGUUGACAGGAUAUAAUAUCAUCUCUAAACUUUCCAAAUGUUAUUGGCCUGACUUGAUUCGAUUCUGAUAUUAAGUCCUUCUGGGGGUGUUGUGACGCCAGAAAAAUGUAUUUGGUGUUUUGAAAUGCCCUGUAUGGACACUAUGCCAAAAUGAUUUCACAGCCCAACACCGUUCCUGGGGACUUGCAGCUGCAGUGACACUGACAGUAGUCAUCUUUCUCCCUGUCAUAUAAAAGUGGCAGGAAGUAAGCAGCUCCAGUGAUUUCACCACUUCAUACAGGCAUAAUGUGCUGUUUGUAGAGUUUAUCUGAACCCCAAUCAGUGCACCCAUUGAAUGAUCUAUAUAGUUUGGAGAGCAGUGUGAAUGAUAGCCGGCAAAACCUCUGUCUCGCUUGUCUUGCCUCCAAUCCAUGCAAGUGGUCCAUGUGUUUGCGGUAGUUGGUGGAGAGUUGUUCGCUAGCAUGCUAAACUGGUUUUCAGCUCAAAUAAUUCUUCUUUUGAUGUUUUUUGGCUGUCACCAUUUUCACACCUUCAGGUGCAUUACCACCACCCUCUGGACCAGAGUAGGGCCUACCCAGCCAUGCAUCUAAUGCAGGAAAAGCAAGACGGUUGCGUAAACCAUCUGGCUAAGUGUAAAUGAAAGUGCAUUAAAUCGCAUCUGGACUUUAUUCAAAUAUAAAACCCAGAUUUCCUAGGAUUUAUGUCCAAAAGAUGAUUUAACAUCUCAGUUUAUGUCCAGUGCCAACUUUCAGUGCCAAUGAAGUAGUGCACCCUUAAUGUUGCAAGCUGAAAGGUAAAGGUGUGGAGGUUGGGAUGUUGGAUGGAUGCUGAGUGUGUUAGACUUUUAUGCAGGAGACCAGAGUUUAUGUCCUUUCACAGACCUGCAGUUACCUUUUGCCUCGUCAUUAAACCUAACCUCAAUCUCUCCCUAACCUUCACCCAAAUGGUUUUGUUGCCUAACCAAAACUAUAGUUUAUUUGCCAUAACCACAGUCUUUACCUAACAAUAACCAUAGCUGCCAUGUACUAAUAUCGUACAAAGUGAGGAAAUUUUAAAAAAUUGUUGGCAUUGAACAUAAUCCAAGUUUUCAUCCAAUAUCGAUAGUCUGGUAAUUCAGUAAGACCCUUGAAAUUGUAAGUGUGAAUGGGGCUUAAAUUACAGAUAGGGUUAAGCAUUCAUUUGUCUGUCAGCACUGAGAGCGACUGGCGACCUGUACAGCUUGCUUCCCUACCAUUCACCCAAGGCAUGCUGGGAUAGGCUCCAGCCCCCCAUCCCCUGACCAUGACCCUGAAUUCAACUUAGUGGCUGUAAAGAACAGAUUGAUGUCACACUUCUAGAUAUUUGUCGCUCAGAGUUUGGCAACAGCUGAACUUUUCACCAACAUUAACUAUCAGCAGCCGGCUAGAUUUCAUGCUUUGUUCACCACAUGACUGUUUUAUUGAACAACAUUUUAACACACAGGAUCAAAUCUUAUUUUUUGUCAUUUACAUUUGGAAUACUACUGAAUUAAACAUUUCAAAUGAGUAAUAUCACUUAAAUGUUGCUUGCUCGCUACAGAAACGAUCACAGUGGUGUAAUGUGGCUCUACAAAGCAACAGAAAUACAGGAUUUUCCUGUUUAAAUCUUGCAGAAGUGUAGACCACUAUAUAUAUAUGAAGACUGGGUAUAGCAAUUUAAGAAUGAAUUUGAAGAGAAUCCGAUCUUUAAGUAAGUCUGUAGUCAUCCUUGGCAGUGGCCAGGCCUUAUCCACACAUCUCUACAACCAAGAGGAAAAGGCUGAUAAUGUUGCAUCUUCCCCAGCUUUUUUUUUUUCUACAAUCUUUUGUACUGUUAUUUAUACUGUAUUGUAUUUAUAAGUAAAGGGGAGUACUGAAGCUUUCCUUGAAUGUUUUGUUUAUUUGCAUUUUUUUUUUUUUGAUGGUGUGGUAAGAAGCAUGAGUCAAAGAGUUUGCCUUCACUUUUGAAGCCUUUGCGUUUUGAUAUGUGUCUUUUUCUAUUAUCUAUUAAGCUAGCUGAUUACUUGUCGCUCAGCGCAGGAAAUGUGCUACCUGUUUUUGUUUCCAUUUGGCUCACAGUGUUUCUCUAUUUCUGUUCACUUUCUCUGCUGGCAGUGGCAGUUUCAUCAUUAAGAUUCUGUCAAUGUUUUCAGGAAUGUUUUCUUCCAUGUCACAAACGUCUUACUGUACUAUGUCAUACAUUUUACAGCUGUAUGUAUCCAUCAAGUAAUCUGUGCUUUGCAGUUUGUGACAACAAAUGACAUGCAUAAAAAAAUAUGCAUGGAUGUAAUUUGUUGAAAACGUUAAGACAGCAUACGUACGUAAGUCUUGUUUUUAUUGGGUUGAUGUGUUGAAUACACACAGUUGACCUUGAACACUGAUAUUUAUUGUGGAAAAAGAAUGGUUAGGAACACUCCCACAACAAACACAGAAACAUAAGUGCUUUGAUAGCAGCUAUUAUAGAAAUAUUUAAAUAAGCUUUUGGAAAAGUAAAGAAUCAUGAGGUGUCUACAGAAUGGUAUAAGUGGUGGAAAAUUGUAGUUGCUGUUUGGUAUUUGUGUCUUUUUAAGCUAUUUGUCUAUUUUCAUUUUUAAAAGCAUAAAUUUAACAAAGGGAAUAUCUGAAUGGCUGGAUGGAUGGUGGCAACUUUUCUGGGAGGUGACACUGAAGCAUGCAUUUUUUUGUUUGUUUUGUUUCUAGUUUUGUGUGUGUAUGUUAUACACAUACAGUAUGUACAUAAUGUUGAAAGGUACAGUUCUGAUUUGUAUGAGAACGGGUUGCUAAAUACUCAGGCUGUGCUAUCGCUCCACCAUACCAUACCACUGUUUAUGAAUCUCAAUAAAAAGGUCAUUUUGUUACUUUGCUGCCACUGUGUGACUAUAUUGUA